UUUCUGUGGUUCCGACGGGCCUUUUCAGAACAGUGCAUCGCGGAACAGUCAAGUUUGCUAGCAGAAAAACGUUAAUGUUGUUGUAUAAUUUAUAGAGUCGUACAACCGUGAGCAGUGAGCUGAUGGUUAAUGGGGUUACCAAAUUGACUGGCGGUAACACGUCUGCUGUUAGCAAAGCUGGGCAUGCUCUGUGUUCCUAUGCAUGACGUAAAGGAUAUUCCCAGUUUCAGUUUCACCAGGUGAAGCUUACGAUCUCUGUUAAGAUCUCUGCUUUGUCCUUGUACAUUUCAUAAAGAGAAAGUAGUAGGCAUCUCUAAUCAAGUGGUUGAAGUAUAUUUUAUUCGACAUGGCUACUGAGGAGAGUGUCUUGCCAGUGAAAGAAACGGACUCUUCCCUUCUUCAAUUGAAUGGUUCCACAGAAGAUAACAGUGGCGAAACAAAUGAAGUCGGCUUGGCUAAACAGGAAAAAGACUGUGCAAAUGUCUGCAAACACUUCCUGCGGGGCAGGUGUCACUUUGGAGACAGGUGUCGUCUGGCACACAGUAUGCCUUCUCCUGACAACCCAGAUGUGCCAGCAGCAGAGCUAGAACUAGAGCACCUGGAGGCUUUAGAAAAAGAGGAGAAAAACAGGAAAAACAAGAAAAAGAUGUCCAGAUCUCAAAAGAGAGAGCAAAUGAAGGAACUUGAAAACAACGUUACAGAGCCUCCAAAGAAGUCUCGGAUGCGCACGGCUGACGAAGUGAUCAACAGGAUCCGAUGGGACGCGACCGUCGACUCCUCUCAGUUUGUGGUGGGCCACAUCGAUCGCUUCCUGGGGGUGUUGGAGAGGCCCUUCGAUGAGUUUUCGUGGGACACGUCAGUGGCCGACUGUGAUUACUCAGAGGAGCUGGCCCUGCCCAGGCACAGGAUCCAGUACUUCAGCUACCGCGGCCAGCGUCUGUGGGACAAAGACAACAGGACCGACCGGGUGUUUGGCUCCACGGGACAAACUGUGUUGCCCCCUUUUGGUGGUGAGGGCCAACAGCAAGAGGACGUCUCGCAACAAAGGGACAACAGUCUGGACUCUGCAGAACAGCAACAGAUGCUUCAGGAGGACUCUGAAGAAAGCCGUGGAACUCCCACUAAAGCACAGAUGGGCAGACAAGAGAACACAAGACAAGGAAAUGAUAACAUCAUGUAUACAGGAUGCGAGAGUACCUCAGAUGAAUGUGAAGCUGGCAAAGAGCUUGUUUUGGAGAAUUUUGAUCAGUUAGCGCUUUCUCAGAGUGACAGCGGAAUGAAAAGCGAUGAAGAGCAAGGCUGGAAUGGGGAAGAGGAGAAAGAUAUCCCACUAUCUCCAGAUAAACAGGUGAUGUCAGUGUCAACCAACAUGGCGUUAAGUCCCCAGGAAGAGCCGAAGCCAGGGAGGAGGAAAAUCAAGCCCACUCACUUCAUCGGUUUUCGGGUCGACUCCCCUGCUGCGCUCCAUGCCUUCCAUCGCCUCCAGGCCAAGGUGGUGACCCACAUGCCCGAGUCAGAGCCUCACUGGCACAGCCCGUCGCUGCUUCACGUCACCCUGUCCUUGCUGGUUCUCCCCGGACCAGCUGAGGUUUUUGAGGCCAGUGAGCUACUCCGAACCAUUGUGAAGGAGUUCCAUAAACCGGCCAUCGAUGUCACUUUCACUCCAAAGUUGAAGCACUUUGCUGGGAAGGUGCUCCACCUUGUCCCACAGCCCCUGUGUGACAUCCAGACUCUAAACGCCCCCAUUCAGCAGGCCUUCAGGGAGAAAGGCUGGCUGCAUCGAGACUCCCGAUGUCCGAAUUAUCACAUGACCCUCGCUAAGGUGGAGGACCAACGACUGUUUGAGAAUGUAGGGGUGAUUAAGUUGGGAAAGGACAUCAACUUUGGGAAGCUGGAGGUACAGAAGCUGUGUCUAUCUGUUUGCAGAAAACCAAGGACAGAAAAUGAAUUCUACGAAACCGUUUGUUCUGUGACCAUCCCAGAAAUAUAGGAAUCUACCCAUGUCUUUUUUUGAUUCUUGUCAACUGUGAUUUGGUAUCUUUUUAUUAUUAUUAUGUUUUUCAAAUUUUAAUCCAUAUACUGGUGUGAAUGCUUUAAAUGAAACCAACACAGGAGCAAGCCAAAAGCCAAAGCUCAUAAGUAAAGCCAAAGCUCAUACGUAAAAGUUGUCAAAAUCUAGAUGAAAUGCCCUCACAAUGAUCUUGGCAUUAUGGCUUUACUUACCUCCCUUGACAUUCAACACCCGGGAUGAAGCGACUGCUUCACAGCCUUAUACUUGGUAGAACAUUCAUGCACAUGCAGAACAUGCAGAAGUACCUUUAAAGAUGCACUGUGUAAUAUUUUCAGUAGUUUCUUCAUAAAUGUUAAAUUUUUCACUGAUAUUUAACACCACCACCAAAUUCCAAGUAUUCUUUACGACUUGGAAAUGUGCGCUUUACAUACAUGAAAAGCGGGUUCCUCUCCCACGUCUGCCAUUUUUAAUGUCCAGAAGUAUACAUUUGUAGCUGCAAAAUGUGCUUUAUUUUGGUUGUACUAGUAAAUAUUAGGUUAUUACUUAGUAAACAUUCAUGAAAAGAUCAAAUUUGCAAUUGAGAGCACAGUUUCAAUUAGCAACAUAGUUGCAAUACCUACUCUGGCCACCAUCCUACACAGUGUACCUUUAACACUAACCCCUGUGAACUCAUUUCAAACUUAAAACUUUACAUUUCGAGAAUUUUUUCGGCAUUUUUAUUUAGUUCUUGAUUUUUUUCUGCAUCAAGUUAAAUCUUGUCAUGGUAAAGAUGGUUCACUCACGUGCGCUCCUUCCUAAUACUCUGUCACUCAGACAAAUAAUUUAAACACUUCACCCAUGUAGCUUUGCCCUGCCAUUGAUACCUCUCAACUGUGCUGCAGAACAGGGCCCUGCUGAAAGUAUGUUUUUGCUAUGUCAGGCCUGUUUUAAUUUUAACUUUUUCUAACAUUUAGUACACGUUUACAAUGAAUUUAAAAAAUCCUCAGUCCAAACAAAUCAAUUUACAGAGUAAGAAGCAUGUCAAUGUAGAACUGUUCCAGUGUAUGAUGGGAGCUAGCGAGGACACUAUUGUACAGUAUAAUUAUCAAGACACCAGUUUUGAUGACUGGAACCACAUCUUUUUAGCUUUACCCUGCCAUUGAUACCUCUCACCUGUACUUCAGAACAGGGCCCUGCUGAACGUGUGUUUUUGCUAUGUCAGGCCUGUAUUAAUUGUAACUUUUUUAACGUUUCCUUUCCUUUACAAUGAAUUACACACACACAAACACCCCCCCACCCCCACCCCCACCCCCCCACACACACACCUAGACACACACACCAAAUUAUAAAGUGUCCACAGUCCACAGCAUGUCAAUGUAGAACUGUUCCAGUGUAUGAUGGGAGCUAGCGAGGACACUAUUGUACGGUAUAAUUAUCAACAUAACAGUUUUGAUGACAGGAAACGCGUCUUUUUAGGCCAUUUUGAGAUCAAAUGACCCAUCUUGCUUGGUCAAAUUGUCAUGCCAUGGCCUCUCAAAUCAUUCCUUGGUUAUGGCCUUUGAAAGACUUGGUAUCUUCUGAAUUGUCUGAAAUGCAAUAUAGUGUCUCGCCUGCAUGUGAUGUUUGCUUCUAUCCCAGUGAUUUGGCUAAUUUUGGCUAUGUACAAAUUUGAUUAAAACUUCCAUUCUAUCUCCGUAAAACACCAGUAGGCCUAGAUGUGGUAGCGUACAUUAAAUAGCCUACCUUUUAUACACUGUAUGUAUGUAAUCUGUCUGCACUGCCCACAGGGUUUGAUGGUAAAAUAUGUAUGAUUUGGAAUGACUGUGCAAAGACAUUUGGAAUGUGUUUAACAUAAAAUAAAAUCAACCCCAAUCCACACAAAAA